AUAAUUUAAUUUAAAGAGAGUGAGCAUAAUAUUUCACAAGAAAAAACUUGGUGAAAGGAGCAGAGAAUAAAACAGAAAACGCAAACCGAAACUUUAAGUGACGUCAUGUGCAAAAAGGAUGCGCAACCAGCUAGUUGUAGCCUUGGCCAGCAGAAUAAGUAAGUAAUCCGUUGUAACACGUCAUUCUAUAUUUAUCGUCUGCUCAUAAACUUAUUCAUUGAAAGAAUGAAAGGGAAUUUUUCUUCAUGUCCGUUUUCUAGGAGAAUUAAAUAAUCUGAGCUUUAUUUUUAACUUGGAAUGCGAUAUCAAUGUUUUUGGAUUUAAAAAGGAACUGAUAUCAAGAUAUCUUUCAGAUAUAUUUCCUUUUGAUUAGAAAAAUAAAGUUGUUCAGUUUCGUUCCUUGGCAGAAACCUUGACUAUACGCAAUUGGUUCAGAAGAAAUGCUAAGCUAUGUCAGAAAUGGAAGUCAUUCAUUUUAGGACUACCCUAGUGCCAACGGAGAAAUACCGUACAGAAGAUAAUAUAAAUGAGAAAUUCAAGGCAUAUCUUGAUCAACUGAUCAUUCAUUUUGAAAAAUGUGGUCUGAUGGACGUCUCUCUCAAUUUUCUGAAAGUGAAGAGAGCUGAAGAGGAAGAAGAUCACCCUGAAAUAGAAGAUCUCUGUAUUCAAGUUACGGCAAAAUGUUCACCAAGAAACGAGGAAUGGCUGCAAUACUUCCGGCAGUUGCGCAGUAGAUGGAAGAACUUAUUCUAUCCAAACCCCACGCCAAUAUUGACGUUUUAUGAAAACAAAGCCUUCUCAAAAGCUCGUAACCACUCCCAUAUUGGUUUAAAGUGUGAGACACUUAGUUUUGGAGUUUUGCCGCUUGAUGGUACCUUUCAUCAAUACUCCUCACUGGAGAUUAUCGACUCUUGCCACGUGAAUUUCUAUCACGACAGCCGAUCUGUCAUUAUAAAAUACGUUGCUUCCCCAGAAAAUAUCCACGAAUUAGUUUUCUCUUACAGUAAUAUCAAAAAUGUGUUUGUCAAUAUAGAUUGUCAUGAAAUUUUCUUUGACUUGUGCAAUCCGCCCAUUAUUUUCAAAGUACAAGAAAGCUUGUUAAGAAAUAAUAACAUAAGACGUAGAUGUGCUACAACAAAUGGUAACUCACUUAAAGUCGAAAUAUUGGGUGGAGCGAAUGUUUUGAAAUUGUGUUUAACGAAAGCGUCUGUGAUUGAAGAAGUUGUGAGCAGAAUUCAUUUUCGAUAUGGGGAAAAACCUAUACAUUACGCCUACAUCAUUACAUUGCAGAAAGCAGAACCCAUCAUCCCUCACGUCAACUGGGGUCAUUUUGGUAGCACAUACAUGAUGACCGCCAUUCUUAGAAGAAAUUUCACAAUCUGUGCCCAAACAUCCAGCGUGGAGAACUCUUUAAUCGCUUUAGGUGAACUUUCCUCUGUAAAUAGUGAUUGUCUGGAAAAAGCCUUAACACUAGUCUUCUCAGCACUGGAGUCGGGGAAAAUCAUUAACUAUUGGCAUGCAAUCGAGCGGCAGUAUUAUUAUCAUCUCAACCAUAAAGAUGAAAUUAACUACAUGCAUUAUGUUGUGCCGGAAAAAAGCCGAAUGAUCCGUCGCAUAACUUUGACACCCACGCGUCAAUUAUUAUGGCCACCUGAAAUUAUGUUCGGCAACAGGGUUCUUAGAAACUUUGAUUCGGAGUAUGCGAUUAGGGUAUCAUUUAGAGAUGAUAAUAACUUAAAAUUAAGUUUCAACGCUGCGUAUGCAAAUAGGAAUAUUUUAGAUUAUUCCAUCCGUAAGCCAUUGUCUACAGGAAUACGCAUCGGAUCACGCAACUACGAGUUCCUGGCUUGGUCUAAUUCGCAGAUUCGUGAUCAUGGCAUAUGGACGUACGCUAGAGAUACUAAAGGUAAUACAGCUCAACAUAUCCGAUCGUGGAUGGGAGAUUUCUCUCACAUUCACUCAGUUCCCAAGUAUAUGGCAAGAAUGGGGCAAUGUUUUUCUCAAACAGAAGAUGCUGUUACUGUACCAUUAGAAGAUCCCCGUCACAUUCGAACAGAACUGGAUAUUGAAAGAGGACGUGAUUCAGCUAAUAAUGACAAGCCUUAUUGUUUUUCUGAUGGCAUUGGACGUAUUUCAACGGACUUAGCAACUAAGGUGCGCAACGUUCUAGGUCAUGAUAAACUCUGCAGUGCAUUCCAGAUAAGAUACGGUGGCUAUAAAGGCAUGCUGGUCGUAGAUCCUACCUUAAAAGAUGCGGACAUAGUGUUUAGAGACAGCAUGAAAAAAUUUGAUUCUCCUCAAAAUCAAAGACUGGAGAUCGCUAAAACAAGUGCACCAAGUAGACUUCAGCUCAACAGACCAUUUAUAGCUAUACUGAAUGAUCUCGGGGUGCGUUACAGGACAUUCCUGCAAUUGCAAGAAAAUAUGCUUCGAAAUUUGACGGACAUGCUUUUUGAGGAAGAGAAAGCUGCCGAAUUUUUGAAUUCCAAAACACCUUCAGACAUCUUUAAGUACAAAGAAAUAUCUAAAUCUGGAAUUUUCAUCACAACGGAACCUUUCUUUAGGUCGCUUCUACUCGCUAUCCAUCGUCAUCAUGUUGAGAAUAUCAAAACGAGAGCAAAUAUUGCGAUUGAUCCCAGCCUUGGACGAAAUAUGUUUGGAGUACUGGAUGAAACAGGGUUGCUUCAAGAAGGAGAAGUAUUCGUUAAAUAUACAAAAGAUAUUUUAAAAGGCGAAACAACAAACGAUACCGCCAUACUGAACGGUCCAGUGAUGAUAACUAAAAAUCCUUGUGUUUUACCGGGUGAUGUGCGUAAGUUUACAGCUGUCGAUGCACCUGAAGUUGUAGAAAGACUGGGCCACAUAGUAGAUUGCGUUGUGUUUCCACAGAACGGCAGAAGACCUCAUCCUAAUGAAAUGGCAGGAUCUGAUUUAGAUGGUGACGAGUAUACUGUUUUGUGGUUUAAAGAUUUGAUUUUUCAUGCCGCCAAUCACCCGCCUGGUGAUUUUCCAAGAGAUUCGUUACCAGACAAAGAUGAAAUUACUGUUAAGGACAUGAUUGAGUGUUUGAUAAAUUACAUAGAAAAUGAUCAAGUUGGCCAAAUUGCAAGUGCUCAUCUUGCUCAUGCUGACCAGGAUGACAUAUUCUCCCCUGUAUGUAUCACACUAGCCAACAAGUUUGCAUGUGCUGUUGAUUUUGCAAAGACUGGUGUGAGUGAGUCAUUAGAAGGAAGAGAGCGUCCAAAAAAAUUCCCAGAUUUUAUGGCGAGGAACGAUAAAGAGACGUACAGAUCAACAAAAGCACUGGGGCGAAUGUUUCGUGUGAUUAAAGACUUUGAGUCUGAGAAUGAAUACGCUAGCAUUACAUAUCGUGAUGUACAGGUAGACCAAGAUUUAAUAUUUCCCGGAUGGGAAAUAUAUAGAGAAGAUGCUGUCAAGUCAAGAAACAAGUACAACUCGCUAUUCAGAACUGUACUAAGAAACUACGGAAUACAACACGAAGCAGAAGUAUUUUCUGGUGCCUUCACAAACCUACAUUGCCGAUUUCAGGAGAGAAGAGACAAAGCAGAAAUUGAAAAAAUUGUUGUGCGAUGCAUCAAGAGACUAGCUAAAAGUAUGCGAGAAGAAUUUUUAGAAGAAUUCAAGGGGAUCAGUGACAUCAACGAAGCUUACCUAGGUAUGUUACGCAAAGCUUCAGCUUGGUAUGUAGUAACAUAUCGUGAUGGCGAUGGGAAAAUGCUGAGCUUUCCAUGGACGGUAUCGGAUUACUUGGCAAACAUUAAAGUUAAAAAAGUGCCUACUCAAGAGUCGCUGUUUUCACCAAUUAUUGCGAAAAUGGACCAGCAAAUUAAAUCAACGGAUUCUAACUACAGGUUACCUAAUUUCUCGGAAUCUUACGAAUGGAAUUAUUAUAAUUAUCUGUGUGGUGAUCCCAACAUUGUCAAGAGCGCUCUGCGUGUGUUGAUAUUAUGGGCGGAAGACGAAGACAUAAUUGAAAAACCUGGUCGAAAAGUUGAAGGACUCAUGUUCAAGAGUAGUUUUAUAAAACUUUUCCUUCAUGUUGCUGAAGUUGCGGAAUACGUAAUUAAAAAAGGUAAACAGUAUGACAUACCAGAGGAAAAACUGUUUUCCCCCGCUUCUUUGUGCAUUGAAUUUUGGAGGUUUUGUGUCAAGUUGAGAUUUUAUAAUCAGUAUGAGGUACUUGACAUCGUACCCUUCCAAAUAUAUAAAUAUAGAACUCUCUCCAAACGAGCUGUUGUGACCUAUCACAGAUUUGCCGUUUUGGGGAAAUUCGAAAAUUUAUACUUUGAGCCUGGCAUGGCACAUGAAAAGAUGGAAAUGAAACCAUUAUCUAUAAACAACAAGGUAUUUUCGCGAUCACCGAUUGACGAAAGUUCACUGAAAUUGGCUGAGGAAACUUUGAUGAAGUAUUCUUCCACGGAUAACGUGGAAUUGAGGGAAGUUUUGCAGACGAAGAAAGUUCUUGUGAGUGCAAGAGGCACCGAACAAUCGUUAAAGACAUUAAAGAGCAUUCUGAACAAAAAACAAGUUUUUAUAGCACAGUUAUUUGCUACUGGUGAAAUGCCAGAGUCAUAAAAUCAUUCAACGUAUCAGACAACAUCCACGUUUAUGAAUAUCAAAAUGUUCACGUGCAGCCAUCUCGCUCAACUACAAGCAUGAUAAUAUUUCUUCAUAUUCACAUAUUUUUUAUUAUUUUCUUUUACUUUGUUACUGCCAUACAUUCUUAAUUUUUUUAAGAAACAAUUUUUUAAAAAUAACCUAUUAAACGUUUCUUUAUAUCCGUGA